AUGCCCUACAACAUUGCUAUGGUCAGUGACUUCUUCUUCCCCCAACCAGGGGGAGUCGAAAGUCACAUAUACCAGUUGUCUACCAAGCUUAUCGACCGGGGGCACAAAGUCAUUAUCAUAACCCACGCCUAUAAGGGUCGCACAGGUGUCCGGUACCUCACAAAUGGGCUCAAAGUCUACCAUGUGCCGUUUCUGGUCAUUUACCGGGAGACGACAAUGCCUACGGUGUUCUCAUUCUUCCCUAUCUUUCGGAACAUCGUCAUCCGGGAGCAGAUCCAGAUCGUUCAUGGACACCAGAGCCUGAGCAGUUUCUGCCACGAAGCCAUUUUGCACGCCCGAACCAUGGGCCUGAGAACGGUCUUUACUGACCAUUCAUUGUUCGGAUUCGCCGACGCCGGGUCCAUUUUGACCAACAAACUUCUGAAAUUCACACUGAGUGAUGUCGACCACGUUAUCUGCGUCAGUCAUACAUGCAAAGAGAACACUGUCCUUCGAGCAUCUUUGGACCCACUCAUGGUGUCUGUCAUUCCAAAUGCUGUUGUAGCAGAGAACUUUAGACCUUUACACGCCACAAACCGCACAAAUGAUAGAUCUGGUGCGACACCCCAGAUACAGCCCACUCCGAGGCCGAUUGGCCCGAACGACAUCAUCACCAUUGUCGUCAUAUCACGCCUGUUCUACAACAAGGGCACAGAUCUUCUGAUAGCUGCCAUUCCAAGAAUUCUUGCGUCCCAUCCCAAUGUACGGUUCAUCAUCGCGGGCUCAGGGCCCAAGGCCAUCGACUUAGAGCAGAUGUUGGAACGAAAUGUCCUUCAAGACAAAGUUGAGAUGAUCGGUGCUAUCCGCCAUGAGGAGGUUCGAGACGUAAUGGUCAGAGGGCACAUCUAUCUCCACCCCAGUUUGACGGAGGCAUUUGGAACGGUCAUUGUUGAGGCUGCUAGUUGCGGGCUGUACGUGGUGUGCACUCGAGUUGGAGGCAUUCCCGAAGUACUUCCCCAGCACAUGACGACGUUUGCCAAACCCGAGGAGGACGAUAUAGUACUGGCUACGAGCAAAGCCAUUAGCGCACUGCGGUCCAACAGGGUGCGGACCGAGCGAUUCCACGACCAGGUGAAAGUGAUGUAUUCAUGGACCGAUGUUGCACGUCGAACCGAGCGUGUAUACAAGGGCAUUUCAGGAGAUAUCAGUCCACAAGAAUUUUAUGGAUACUACCCAGGGGAGAUCCAAGAAGCUGGCAGCGAUCGAAUUCGCAACUUUAGCCUCAUUGACCGCUUAAAGCGGUAUUAUGGCUGUGGAGUCUGGGCCGGAAAGCUAUUCUGUCUCUGCGUUGUGAUUGACUUUCUGCUCUACACGUUUCUAGAAAUGUGGUUCCCUCGGGCCAACAUUGAUAUCGCCCGAAGCUGGCCAAAGAAACUGAACGAGGCGAACAACAUCAAACCCGAACGAGAGCGUCUCGGGUCGACGUCUUGA